AAUAAUUGUCAGUAUUAAAAUAGUUUUGGUUGUAAUUAUGCGCUUGAUUAGAUUAAAUAAUUUUUGACAUUACUGUCAUAUAUUUUACGUCAUUAAAUUUUGUAUUGAAGUCUUAUCAACAUAAUAACAUGAUAUGUUGUUUAUCCAAAAUGAUGUAUCCAUGAUAUGUAUCCAAAAAUAAUUCAAUGCAAAAAAAUACAUUUUAAAUUAUAUAUUAUGAAUAUAAUUAGGACCAAAGUAUAUAUCAGGCAGAAAAUGUUUAAUCCAAAGAACAAUCUGGGCAAUAUGCCCCUUAGACCCUACAUGGGUGAGAUUAUGUAUACAGUUAUGUACAAGUUUCCCAUAAAUCCAUGCCAAUCCAUUCUUUCUGCAGGAAAUCAAUAAAAAUUUACAAAGAUUGGAAAGAAAUGUCUGUACAGAAGUCCUCGUCAAAGCUUCUACAGUUUAAAAUGCUGUCGUUCUCUGCCACGGUGUCCCGACGCAAGAGUACUGUCAAAAUUCUCAUUGUGGGUGGUGGUACUGGCGGUAUCUCAAUGGCUGCUAAACUAUUGAGACUUGGUGAAAGUGAUGUCACAGUCAUUGAACCUGCAGAUGUUCAUUAUUAUCAACCAUAUUGGACUUUAGUUGGAGCUAUGAAAAAAAGACUUGAUCAAAGUUAUCGAUCUAUGAGCAGUGUGAUGCCUAAGGGAGCCACAUGGAUCAGAGACCGUGUCAUCAAAUUUGAUCCAACAUCCAAUCGUGUGUUUACGAGUAAAGCAGGAGAGAUUGAAUAUUCCUGUUUACUCGUGGCUUUGGGUAUGCAAUUAUCUUUUGACAAGAUCAAAGGUCUUCCUGGCGCAUUUGAGACAGAAGGUGUCUGCUCCAUUUAUUCCCCCCCUACUGUACUUAAGACAUGCCAGGCAUUGGAGAGAUUUGCUGAAGGAAAUGCCAUCUUCACCCAGCCUCUCACACCAAUCAAGUGUGGGGGGGCUCCUCAGAAGAUCAUGUACCUUGCUGAAGAGUAUUUUGCAAAGGUGCAGAAGAGGGAUAAAGCAAAUGUUAUCUUCAACACGGCCCAUGGGAAUAUCUUUGGGUGUCCAAAGUAUAAUACAGUUCUUCAACAGGUGGCAAAGAACAAGAAUAUAACAGUCAAUUAUUUACGCAGCUUAAGUGAAGUCAGGCCAGACACAAAAGAGGCUGUAUUCCAAAAAUUGGAUGUGUCAGGUCACGUGACUGACACUGAAACAUUUAAAUACGAAAUGCUCCACGUUGUUCCACCCAUGGCUGCCCCCGACGUCAUCCGUGAGAGCGAUCUCUCUGACUCCAUCAGUGGUUACAUGGAUGUUGAUAAGCACACCCUACAGUCCAAAAGAUUUAAAAAUGUCUUUGGCUUGGGAGAUUGCACUAACUUACCAACAUCUAAAACAGCUGCUGCUGUUGCUGGUCAAUGUGGUGUUUUGAUUAAGAACAUGAAAUGUUUCUUAAAAGGAGAAGACUUAACUUGCAAAUAUUCUGGAUAUACUUCUUGUCCCCUCGUGACUGGAUAUAAUAAGGGAGUGAUGGCAGAAUUUAAUUAUGAAUUGCAACCUGAAGAAACUCUACCCAUUGAUCAGGGAAAAGAGCGCUACAUCUUUUACUUCAUUAAAAAGGAAGUGUUGCCAAUUAUUUACUGGAACUUCAUGUUAAAGGGUUUGUGGUCUGGCCCCAGCACCUUGAGAAAAAUAUUACACCUUGGUCUGACCUAGUAACUCCUCUUGUUGUGAUAACAGAACUUAUUUUUCUAACUCUUGAAAGAAAGAACAACUUAUUUUCACUUGUUAAAAUGUAGCAUAUUUUAUUUUGAUUUGUUUACUCUUGUUACGAAAAUUCUAUUAUAUUUGUCUAUGUUUAUCUUUAUUUUAUUCAUAAUAUAAAUCAUGAAUGAAUAUUAAUGAAUGAGCAUCGGUACGAAGCAAAAUUGCUGUUUUCAAUUUGGUGUUUUUUUUCCGGAUCUUUGUAGUUCUGAUGAAGCUCUGAAAAUUUUUAUGCUUAAGACAUAUGUUUUCAAAGGAACAUGUGAGUACUUAGGGGCCUACCUAUCAAUACCGACCCCCAAAAGUAAUUUCUAUCUCAAUAAAAUUAACUUCAUGCCAAGAGAAGUUACCCAAAUGUGCAACCCUAAAGGAGAUAGACAGCUUCUCCCUUUCUUAUUAAAAUGGAAAAUACUCCUAAUGCAAAUCAACUAUAUAGUAUAAAUGAACUAGGAUUUUUUCAAGUUAAAUUUGAAGAAUUUAAACCUAACUCUGUCAUCUACCAAUGCCAUUGCUGCCAACUUUGGAGGCUUUCUAGCUCUAAUUGCCAGAUACCUCCCAAAAACGUUAAAUGCAGUGGGGACCACCUUACUGCUAAUUGUCUUUUUUCAAGCAGAGUUAAUGAACCUAAGUGGGAUUAAGCACCCAUUACUACCGUAGCUGCACUAACUUCCCUAAACCCUCAAUAAAUAGAACUAAAUCUAACCAGUUUUACCAAUCAAAUUUCAAUACCCUUCAUUUCAAAAACUAUCAAAAUCUUGGUUACCCCCAAAGGAAUGACUAUCAUCAAUCUCAUACACAUCGAACUGACAUAAUAACCCUUACAAACUCCCCUAUCACCCCAGUUAUACACCUGUUACAGCCUGUAUUUACCAAACUCAACCUCCCUUCCCCAACAACAAUUCUCUGUCAGCGACCUCCCUCCUUUUCUUUGAAAUUGAUUUUAACGCCCAUCAUACCGCCUGAAACUGUAACAGAGCCAACACUUUCAGGACUUACACUCCAGAACCGUAUCAACAAUUUAAAUAUUAGACUAAGCACACCAGCACGCCGUCAAGGCCAUAUCAAAUCUACUUACUCUUUCCUCAAUUUCUUUCUUAUUAAAAAUUUCCUAUAUGACUGCAAGGCCUCUUCAAUACAAGAAAUGACUAGUGAUCAUAACCCUGUUUUUGCCACUUUUAAUCCUCUGAUCAAAGGUAGCAACUUAACACACUCCCUUGUCCCCAACUGUGAUUACUAUAAACAAACUCUUAAUCAAACCACUCGCCCUCUUUUAAUUAUUCCCCCCCCCCAAAACUCAUUAGAUAAAUCAAUUAUCAACCUUACCAACUAUGUUCAUAAUACCUUCAAAGAAACAUCCUCUGAAGUUAAAAUUAACAAUAAAUCCUCGUUCCUUAACAGAGAUAUUAAAGAUAAGAUUAAACAUAGGAAUUUCCUCUGACAUAUGUGGCAAAAGUCUGGUAAACUUUGUGACAAAUUUGCAUACCUUAACUUCGAUAAAACACUAAAAUCUGAGAUUAGAAAUCAACACUGGGAAAACCAUAACAAUUUCCUUAAUGUAGAUGGUUGCUCUCUCUGAAAGGCUAUUUUCAUUAAAAACUACUCCUCGUUAUCCCGUCCCCUUAACAAGCCUCAAUGUGACGAUCUUGCUUUUUCCGAUAGGGAAAAAGCCGAAACCAUAGGAGAUGUAUUUGAAAAACAACUCUUCCCAAAUCACAUAAACCCAUUUUUACGUUUUUGGAUUAAAUGAAUAUCAGACACAUGAUAUUCACAAAAUAUGCACGAGCAUCAAGCGAUCUAUUAUGUCAUUACCACACAUAAUUCAUUUUCACUGUGUUACAACGUAAUUCCUGAUAAUAAUUACACACAUUAUUCUUUAUAUAGUCAAAUUUUUUAAUCAAAGUGUGUGUCUUUAAACUUUUUUAAAGAGAGUGAAGCUUUCACAAGCAAAUACUGAGAAGCAAAUAAUUUUACUGAAAAUUACAGGUUUCUUGUUAAAUGGGCUAAAAAAUUACUCUAAUUUAACCCUGCAUUUUGUUGAAUCAGAAUUAUUGCUAAGAUCCACUUUAAACUUUAGUUAUGUUUAUAUUUUGAAUGUGCCGAUACUGUAUCUGAGAGAAAGUGUGUGUUAAUGUAUGCAAUUUUUUUAUUUUACCACAAAUAUUAUUGAAUAUGCAAUAAAUAUAUUUUUCUGAUAGUAUUUAAUAAAUGUUUGUGGGAGAACAAAGUCAUUGUUAAUUUGUGCAAUUUUCAACAAAUAUUUUUGAGUAUACAAUAUAUAUAUAUUUCUGAUAAUGUUUGAUGAAUAUAUGUUGCUAAAAUGGCAAAGCCUGUGUUAAUAUAUGCUUUUUUUUAAAAUUUUGUAUCAAACAUUAUUGAAUAUACAAUAAAUAUAUUUUUCUGAUAAUAUUUAAUAAAUGUUUGUGGGAGAUCAAAGUCAUUGUUAAUCUGUGCAAUUUUGCAACAAAUAUUUUUGAGUAUACAAUAUAUAUAUAUUUCUGAUAAUGUUUGAUGAAUAUAUGUUGCUAAAAUGGCAAAGCCUGUGUUAAUAUAUGCAUUUUUUUUAAAUUUUGUAUCAAACAUUAUUGAAUAUACAGUAACUUUAUUUUGUUGUUAAUGUUUGAUAAAUGCUUCUGAGAGAACAAAGCAAUUGUUAAUCUAUGCAAUUUCUUUUAUUUUACAACAUAUGUUGUUGAAUAUACAAUAAAUAUAUUUUUCUGAUAA